AUGGGACACCCGAUUCAUUUUACAUUCAAAGGUGCCACAUCUAUUCAUAAAUACAUAAUGACGGAUAUAUAUUCACACGAGGGAACUGAAUUGGGUUUCCGUCAACCCCGCCUCUGGAGGUGCGGCACAGACGAGUUUAGUUGUAGAGGCGGAGUUGACGGAAACCCAAUUCAGUUCCCUCGUGUGAAUAUUCGACAAUACGCAAGUAAAAGAGUCCGUUGCGGUGGACGGAGGGAACCGGGCUUCCCUCGCUAUCGGGGGGAGGCGAAGGUUCAUCAGAAGCGGCACGCAUUUCCCCGAGACACCGGAGUUCCGGUUCCCACGCACCCCACAAACACGCACACACUGUUUAAAGCCAAACAUUUCGGCUACCUGAAGGCAUUGGCGGAACAUGACAGUCGUCAUCAUGACAGUUGGAGGCACACGUCGCCAUUUAGUGUCUCCACGGCAUCUCAUUUAUGCAAAAGAGAAACAAAAAAAAUGUGGGUUUGUCUCUGCAGCAUUGAAAAGCUAAAAGAAAUCAGACAACCCUCCACACACACACACACACACCUCCAGCACCCAUCGAGUCAAAAGAUGGGGGAAGCAGGCACGACAGCAGCGACGCAGAGCAACCAACAGCAGUGA